GUAACCUAUUUAAAUAGAUAAAUUAUGCUUUAAUUCAAAACGGAAACUCUUCAAAACUGAGGAAGUGUAAUGUAAGCUUUUUCCGAAAACAAUCAAAAAACGAUUGUCUGUGCAGUUUAUACGCUAUGGUCGAAACGAGAUAAGAGAGGUUAUGUCUAUGUCUAUUCCAGUGCAUAAUCGCCGCUGUACGUUGAAAUCGACAUCGGGUUAUUGUGCGGGUUAUUCAAUUUUGAACCGUCGUCAGACGUUCGAGCGGGGCUGCAUAAAAAUAAACGCAAUAACACAAUUACAAGUGUUUAUAAUUAAAAACCCAGUUAUGAUCGAAGCCAGUAGCGCGGUACAGUGCGGUGGGAAGAUGUAGAAAUAACAAUACCGAAAAAUUUAAAUGACAAAAGUCUUAGUUUCGUGAACAAUGUCUGAAAAAUUGGAAAUAGAAGAGAAUGACAAAAGAAAAUGCACUAAUUAUUUUCAGAAGUUCACUUACAAAGUGGUUACAUUUACAGAAUGGUUUUUUUACGAAUUAGGAGUUUGCGUUGGAAAGCACCCACUCAGAACCAUCGCUUUGUGCUGGUUAAUCGUAGUUCUAAGCGCACUGGGGUUUCUUAGGUUUAGACAAGAAAAAAAUCCUUUAAAAUUAUGGGUUCCACCGCACACUUCGUUUAUUCACGACUCGGAAUGGCUGAUGGAGUCGCUGGAAGUUGGCUACCAAGAAGAAGUGGUUCUGGUUACGGCUGACGAUGUUUUAACGCCGGAAGUGAUUCAAAAGAUAUACCAGAUGGAUCAAAAAAUUCGCUUUACAAGAAGUUCCUCAAAUCUAACUUUAAAGGAUGUUUGUUUUUUAAUACCAAAAAUAGAUAAAGGACUGUUAAAGUUCCUGGAUGGGGAUGACCCACGCCUAGAUCCAAGCGCAGCUUCGACUCCAGAACUGUAUUGCACGUUCGUAGAAGGCAUCAAAAAAGAAUGCUAUACCAAAAGUAUAUUAGAUCUAUGGGAAUACGACAAAAAUAUAAUUAUGAAUCUUACCAAAGAAGACAUUAUCGCGGCUGUAAAUUCUGAUUCAGACAAUAUUUUUGGUCAUUUAAAAAGUUACAAAGACUUACUAGGUACGGUCCAAAAGAACGAAUCGGGCCAUAUAAUUGCAGCUAAAGCAAUUUACAAUUAUUGGUAUCUAACUAAAAAUUUUUCAGCUAUUGAUACCGAUAAAACGGGAAAUUAUGCCGGAACAGGAGAUUGGGCCACAGAGGAGACGAUCGAAUGGGAAGGGCUAUUUUUGGAAAUAAUGGAAGAAUUUAGCCGUUCAAAUGAGAGUUACUAUUAUGCUGGAAGAAGUUUUGGUGAUAUAAGCAACGCUGUUUUAUUUCAAGAUAUAGACAAAUUAGCUUUCGGCAUAACAAUGAUGAUAAUCUAUAUUCAGCUGGUGAUAUCGAAAUUUAACUGGGUUGAAGCACGGAUUGUUCUAGGUUUCGUUGGUCUACUCUCGAUUGGAAUGUCCUUCAUAGUUGGAGCAGGCAUUUGCUCAUUGUUUGGAAUUCCAUAUGGCCCGGUCCAUACAUCUUUACCUUUUCUACUCAUGGGUUUAGGCGUAGAUGAUAUGUUUGUGUUAAUGGCGUGUUGGGAGGAGUUAACCAAGGAAGAGAAAAAGUUACCAGUACCUGAGAAAAUUGGUUUAAUGCUCAAACACGGCGGAGUAUCAAUUACCAUAACCUCGUUUACAGAUGUGAUAGCGUUCCUAAUCGGUUCGUCAACGAUCUUGCCAUGCCUCGAGUCGUUCUGCUUAUACGCAGCAAUGGGAGUCCUGAUGACGUUCAUUUUUGCCGUUACGUUUUUCGUUGCGUGUUUCGUGAUAGAUGAAAGAAGAAUACAACGAAACAGAAACGGCGCUCUGCCAUGGAUCGUACAUAGGGAUUUCAAACCGAACAAAUGCAGUCAGAGGAACAUUACAAACUUAAUUUUUAAGAAAAUUUAUUCUAAUGUGAUAUUGACGACACCAGGAAAGAUUACUGUGAUAGCAAUAAGUAUUAUAUGUGCCGGUUUUGGAAUAGAAAGCGCGUUAAAACUGGAACAACAUUUUGACCUUAUGUGGUUUAUACCCGAUGAUACUUACCUAGGAAAAUUUUUGGAUGUUAGAAAUGUUUACUAUCCCGAAAACGUUUUCGAUGCUGGUUUUUACAUUGGUCCUUUAAAUUACACUUACGAAUUGAAAAAUAUCAAAAGAGCUGUCGAUGAAUUGGAAAGUUACUCAAAUAUUACCCAGAAUGUGGUGUCGUGGGUAGAUCCAUUCAGGGAGUUUGUUUUAUACAACUUCCAUCAUGACGUUUACGAACUACCACUAGAUGAUGAUAGAUUUAAUAUAUUUUUAUCAAAAUUUUUACUAAGCCCUAGAAACGCGCGAUAUCAAGCAAAUUUUAUUUUUGAAAACGAAUUAGAAUGUGGAGCUCCUGCACCAAGAAUUAAGAUGUCUACUAUUGACUUUAAAUUUAAGAACUUUAAUGAUCCGAAGAAACAAAUUCCAGCUAUGCACAAAGUCAGAGAUGUUGUCACCCAUGCCAAUUUUACCACUGGUGAUAAAUUUUCUACAGUGUGGUCCAAAUUUUUCAGUACAUGGAUAACAGACGAACUAAUAGACAUUGAGGUUUUGCGAAAUCUCCAACUAGCCCUUCUCUGCGUAAUGCUAUGCACAAUAGUCCUAAUCGCAAACUGGCAAAUCUGCUGUCUUAUCUUCUUCUGCGUCCUCAUCACCAUGGUGGACGUUUGCGGAUUCAUGCAGCGCUGGGGACUGACCAUCGAUUUGGUGUCAUGCAUCGGACUUGAAUUAGCGAUUGGACUAUGCGUGGAUUACGCCACGCACGUUGGACACACUUUUUUGACAGUCGCUGAUGGAACGAAGAGAGAACGUGUCAUCAAGUCUGUUACUUCUAUCGGUUCGGCUGUGCUGUACGGGGGGUUGUCUACUUUCAUUGGGGUGUUCAUGAUGAGCCAGUCCAAGGCCUAUACGUUUCAGUCAUUUUUUAAGAUAUUCUUUCUAGUAAUAUUAUUCGGACUGUUUCACGGCGUUGUACUUUUACCUGUGAUUUUAAGCAUGAUAGGACCAAAUCCAUAUCCUACUCAUAAGAAGUCCUCUCAAGACCAGCCAGAACUAAAACCUCUAGACAGUUGACGUCCGAAGAAAAAAAAUUAGACAAAUUUUGUUAAAUAGGGUUUUGAAUUAAAGCAAUUUUUAUUUUUUAUAAAUAGUUUUUUUAUUUAGCGGGACUAGAGAUUAAAUAAUUUUAAUUUUAUUUACUUCUUGUGAUUAAUUUUAACGAUUUUAGUAAAAAUUUGGUAUAACCAUUGUAAUACAAUGGGGUAUAACUUUUGAAGAAUUUCAUGCAAAACCGAAAUCUGUUGCAAAACUGAUCUUCCCGCCAUCUACUUACCGGUAGCUAAAAUAUAAACUCACUUUUGCAGAUAAUUGAGAAAUUUCACUUAGAUGUUCAACUACCGUAAUAUAGAGGGAGGCACCUGUAUGUAAAAUUAUUUUCUGAAGGAACUUGUGAAAUAAUCUUAGAUAAAGCCAAAAA